CUUCCUUCCAAGACGCCGACAACAUUCGACCACGGAAUUGUUGUGCCCUUCAAAACCGUCGGUUGUUGGUCAAGAUGAAGGAGACGUUUGCUCCGUUGAAGAAUGACCGCCUCCUACGGGCGGCACGUGGCGAAAAGGUCGACAGGCCACCCAUGUGGGUGAUGCGACAAGCUGGCCGAUACCUACCCGAAUACCACCGAGCCAAAGGAAAGCAUGAUUUUUUCGAAUGCUGUCGGUCUCCCGAGAUCGCCUCGACGCUGACCCUCCAACCGAUCGAGCGAUACGCGGGGCUCAUCGACGCGGCCAUCAUCUUCUCCGACAUUCUGGUCAUUCCGCAGGCCAUGGGCAUGGAAGUGAAGAUGAUCGACGGCGUCGGCCCCAAAUUCCCAAACCCCCUGCGGUCCCCCGCGGACGAGCAAUACCAAGAGAUUCUCCGACGGGAAGUGGACGUCGCCAAAGAGCUGGACUACGUGUACAAGGCCAUCACGAUGACGCGGAAGAAGUUGGACGGCCGGGUGCCGCUGUUCGGGUUCUGCGGCGCGCCCUGGACCCUGCUGUGCUACAUGGUCGAGGGCGGCGGCUCGAAAAUGUUCAGGGAGGCGAAGACGUGGGUGUACAAGUACGGCGACGAGGCGAAAGUCCUCCUGAAAAAGAUCUCGGACAUUUGUGUCGAGUACCUCGCCCUCCAGGUCGCGGCGGGAGCGCAGAUUCUCCAAGUGUUUGAUUCGUGGGCCGGCGAACUGUCGCCUUCCUCGUUCAGGGAGUUCGCCCUGCCCGCGCUCAGGUACAUCUCGGAGAACCUGCCCAGGCGGCUGCGCGAGAUGGGCGAGGACGUCGUGCCCAUGGUUGUGUUUGCCAAGGGCGCGUGGUACGCUUUGGACGAGUUGUGUGACUCCGGGUACGACGUGGUCGGGCUCGAUUGGUUGCACGAUCCGUCGGAGGCGGUGAAGAUCGCGAGAGGUCGAGUGACGCUGCAAGGGAAUGCGGAUCCCGGUGUUCUCUACGGUUCGCACGAGUCCAUCACGUCGGUGGUCGAGAACAUGGUCACAGGUUUCGGUGGAGGUCAAGAGCGAUGGAUUGUGAACCUCGGACACGGUAUCACGCCCGGGGUCAAUCCUGACGAUCUCAAGUUCUUUUUCGAGGAGGUUCAGAGGUGUACGAGUGGACGGUGAUGUAACCGCACUACACGAAAACAAAAGAAAAGGGAAUGACGAGGAAUAAAAAGGAUAAAAAGAAUAAAUGAUGCUUUUGAAAUCAGUAUGAUUAUUGUUCCCCUAUAUCUUCGUUCCUGUUUAUCAAGUGUCAGUACAGUAGUCCGGG